AUAGUUGCAUGAUCGGAGUCGAGAAUACAAAAGAAAACAUACAUGGCAACCUGGAGGCGCCCGAUCGAAAUUUCCUAUCCCAAGGUUUGGCAUCGAUUCCAAGUCCGAAAUCCAUCGACCGGAACUGUCGAAACGUACUGCGUACAGGAUUUACCUCCGCACCGGUUGGACGAUGCCAUUGAACACAUGUGCCGUUAUUUCCUUUGCGAUGAGCCGAUAUGUGCUAGUUUGAACCUGGCACAGGACCCGGUCGGAGUUGAGGAAAUCACAGCGAUAUGGCGUUCGAUCGCCAGGCAGCAGUGCAUUGUUGUGUGUUUUGAAGAGGGUCGCGAUGAAAUUGUAGGCUUGAACAUGCUGACCGUCAUUUCAAAGGAAGAUUCUCCAUUGGAUGUCCAGUUUCAAAGUGCCGCCGUCAAAACAUUCGUCGAGUGCACUGUUUACAUGACGAAUGAAGCCAAACUGUUCGAACGCUAUCAGCAUGCUAAUCGAUUUCUGUCCGCCUGGGGCCUCUCGGUUCAUCCGCGCUAUCGAGGGCGAGGAAUAGCAACGGAGAUUCUGAAGGCGCGCAUCGCUAUCUGUCGUGCGUUCGGUUUGCAGCUCAGUGCCACCGUGUUCUCCCAUCCCGGAUCACAAGUGCCGGCAUCCAAGGUCGGUUUUCGGGACGUGUUUGCGGUAAAAUUUACGGAUUUGGCACGGAAGGGAUUCCGUCUGGCGGUUGAUGUAGAAUGGAACAAGUUAAUGGUACUAGAAAUUGUGUAAAUGGUAAUUUGAUAGCGUUUGUAUUUACGUAAAAUGUUUGAUAAGACCGUUUUCUGUACUUUUCAUCUCUGCUGUUUUCUCUUGCGCCGGACUUGGGUAAAUGAUGGCUUCAUUCUCUAAAUUUAAUCAUUUCUUGGAUGGAUUUAAUGAAUACUCCAAAUGUCCUUAUGCUGAUUUGACUCAAACACACUUACCUUCCAAUCCGUGCACUUUGAAUUGACUGAAAAGCGAUUAUUAAAGCAUUUUAUUGAAACUACGCAACUGACUUUAUUUCCUAAAUUCGUCGUAACGUUCUAAAAUCCGUCCAUCAAAAUUUUUCAUUGUCCGAACUAAAAAUCACAACAAUGUUUACAAAAUAAGUGCGCAUGUAUUUGUGUAGGACGGCAUGACAAAUAUUAUUCUGCAAAAAUUUUUGC